AUGGUAGCCAACACAGAGAAUAUUAGACGCCUCCAUUCAUACUUGAACUUCAAGUCGCGUAUCAAAAUCACCGAUGGCAGAACAUUCAUUGGCACCUUUGUAUGUAUUGAUAAGGAAAAGAACAUUAUUUUGGCUCAUACAGAAGAAUUUCGAGGAGCUGAGAAACGACUUGUUGGCCUCAUCAUGAUUCCUGGAAAGCACAUUGUAAAGAUUGAAACUGAAGAUUUGGAUGUCUCCAGCCACUCCAACAGCAGCAAUGUGGAUUCGCCCAUGUACACCUAA